UGUCCAACCUGAUUCAUUCUGUUCUGCUGUGUGUCUGUGAGGUGCAGGAUCUGUCAUUGCUUUUUGCCGGUUACUGUUGUUUAAUAUACACAAAUAGAAAAUGGUUUCCUUGAACCCCGUUCGGGUCCUGAACAGGAAUGCUGAAGAAGAAAAGGCGGAAAUCGCUCGUCUGUCCAGUUUCGUCGGAGCGAUUGCUAUCGGCGAUUUGGUGAAGAGCACCCUAGGACCAAAAGGAAUGGAUAAAAUUUUGGUGUCUAGCGGUCGCAAUGCCGGUUCGGUCGAAGUAACAAACGACGGAGCGACCAUUUUAAAGGCCGUCGGUGUCGACAAUCCGGCCGCAAAGGUUCUUGUUGACAUGUCCAAAGUGCAGGAUGAUGAAGUCGGAGAUGGCACUACUUCUGUCACUGUACUGGCUUCAGAAUUGUUAAAAGAAGCAGAAAAACUGAUUGAACAGAAGAUCCAUCCUCAAACAAUCAUUGCAGGUUGGAGAAAGGCAACUGAAAUCGCCAGACAGGCUCUGUUGAACGCUUCUCACGACAACAGCGCAAAUUCGACGAAAUUCUACGAGGACUUGAUGAACAUUGCUCGAACGACUCUGAGUUCUAAAAUUCUCUCACAACACAAAGAACACUUUGCCAAAUUGGCCGUCGAUGCCGUAUUGAGAUUGAAAGGAUCAGGAGAUUUGCAGGCAAUCCAGCUGAUCAAAAAGUCAGGCGGUACUUUGGAAGAUUCAUUCUUGGACGAAGGAUUUUUGUUGGACAAAAAACCAGGUAUCCACCAACCCAAACGUGUAGAAAACGCGAAAAUCUUGAUCGCCAACACUCCUAUGGACACAGACAAGAUCAAAGUGUUUGGUUCUCACAUUAAGGUAGAUUCGAUGGCAAAAAUUGCCGAACUUGAAGCCGCUGAAAAGGAAAAAAUGAAAGAGAAGGUGUCCAAGAUCCUGAAACAUAAACCAAACGUGUUCAUCAACAGACAGUUAAUCUACAAUUAUCCGGAACAGUUGUUCGCCGAUGCAGGCGUGAUGGCGGUGGAACACGCCGACUUUGACGGCAUCGAACGCUUAGCGUUGGUCACCGGCGGAGAAAUCGCCUCCACAUUCGACGAGACCGAUCAAAUCAAGUUGGGAACGUGCGAUCUCAUUGAGCAGGUCAUGAUCGGAGAGGACGUUCUGUUGCGGUUCUCGGGCGUCCCGUUGGGCGAAGCCUGCACCGUGGUAAUCAGAGGUGCCACUCAGCAAAUCAUCGACGAGGCCGACCGUUCUCUGCACGACGCCCUCUGCGUUCUGGCCGCCACUGUCAAGGAGAGCAGAGUGGUCUACGGGGGCGGAUGCAGCGAAACUCUGAUGGCUUGCGCCGUCAAGAAGGCCGCCGCCAACACUCCGGGAAAAGAAGCGGUCGCGAUGGAAGCCUUCGCCAGGGCUUUGCAACAACUCCCGACAAUCAUAGCAGACAACGCCGGCUACGAUUCCGCCCAGUUGGUCAGCGAAUUGGUCGCCGCCCACAAUUCCGGCAAAAACACGAUGGGACUCAACAUGCAAGACGGUGUCUUGGGAGACAUGAGCAAACUGGGCAUCACCGAAUCUUUCGUUGUUAAACGUCAGGUCCUGCUGUCUGCGUCCGAAGCUGCAGAAAUGAUAUUGAGAGUGGAUAAUAUCAUAAAAGCGGCGCCCAGAAAGAGGGUCGAGGAUAGAGGACAUUGCUAAAUCUCUGCACCUCAUUACUAUUAGCUUUUUUACACACAUACAUACAUUAAUACUACUGUCUUGUAACUCAUUAAUAUUUAAUUAUCAUUUUUAUGCCUACAAAUUAAUAAAACGUUAAUUACUCAUAGAA